AUGACGGUUCCUCCUAGCCUCACUGUCUUAGGCUGGAUCGCCUUCGAGUAUUUUGGGGGCUCUCUCCUCAACGCAUUGGGAGAGAUGCACAAAGUCGGUUUCUUGUAUUUUUUGAAAUAUUACGGGCCCGCCCCCAAUGGUAUAGUUGCGGUCGCGUACGUCGGUUGGGUAUUGUUCCAAGCCUUACUCUACACAGUCCUGCCUGGCAUGAGCACAGGUCAGUUGACUGCUGGAGGAGAGCUACUACACUAUAACACCAACGGCCUUUCAGCUUGGGCCAUUACAGUCUCGGUCUUUACGCUACUAUGGCUGACUGGAGCCGUUGAUCCGUCUAUCAUUGCGCGCUACUGGGGUUCGCUCAUUAUCGUUUUUAACUCUUAUGGGUAUAUUUUGUCCGUCAUCGCCUAUGUAAAGGCAUACCAUGCUCCGUCUCAUAGUAGAGAUCGCACAUUCAGCGGGUCCGCUCUUUAUGACUUUUUAAUGGGUAUUGAGUUCAAUCCUCGCUUUGGACAGGGCUGGGACUGGAAACUUUUUCAUAACGGUCGUCCCGGCAUCAUUGGUUGGAGCCUUAUCAACAUUUCAUAUGGAGCCCUCCAGUACCAAAUUCAUGGUUAUAUAACGAACUCUAUGGUUCUUAUCAACCUUUUCCAGGCAGUCUAUGUUGUUGACUUCUUCGUCAACGAGAGCUGGUAUCUCCGGACCAUUGAUAUAUGUCAUGACCACUUCGGUUUCUAUCUUGCAUGGGGCUCCGCUACCUGGCUGCCUACGAUGUACACGCUCCAGGCCCAAUACCUCUCUCGUCACCCCGUGCAUCUCUCACCACUGGCUGUUGCCUCACUUGUGGCAGUUGACCUCGGCGGCUACAUAAUCUUUCGUUCCGCCAACGCGCAGAAAGAAAGCUCCCGCCUGAGUAACGGCAACUGCAACAUCUGGGGGAGAAAAGCCAAAGUGAUGCGUUGUACCUUUAGAACUGCAGACGGAAAAGAACACACGACCUUGCUACUACUUUCCGGCUGGUGGGGAAUUGCCCGUCAUUCGAACUACGUUGGCGACCUGCUGCAGGCAUACGCCAUGUGUGCUCUCUGUGGCACCAAACACCUCCUUCCUUGGACCUACGCGAUUUUCAUGACAUGGAUUCUUUGGCACCGUUGUUAUCGCGAUGAAAAACGCUGUAGUAUCAAAUAUGGAGCUCAAUGGAAGGAGUAUUGCUCGCUAGUGAGAUGGAGGAUGUUGCCCGGAGUCUGGUGAGAAGAAAAACGAGCUACUCAACCACAAAGUGUUUAAGGCGCGGAAUUGCAC